UGCGCUUGUCUACUUCUGAGGAUCUUGAUAUAGAUCGCAGAAAGACUAGACUCACAAGAGAUGCUGCGCCAAUGGCAAAACAAAGAUACGGCGCAGGUACUCUGAAAGGGGAGAUGCUGGUCAUGAUGGACCCGAUGGAAGGCUGCUCGCUGACCAAUGGCGUCCAGAUCGCAACCUAGAAUAGAUAUAAAUGUGGUUAAAAUGGAUGAGCCGGUUGGCCUGCUGUGCGCUAAGUGCUGCAGAAGUCGCUUCCCUCGAUGCGCCACAAAGAAAGUCGCAAUCCUCCGUCUCGGCUCGGAAGCAGCGCGUUGCAAUGGUCGGUCAAUGCCGAAGAGAUUCAUCCAUGUUUAUGCCCACCAACCCCACGGCGACCUCAAAGCGAUUCCGCCGAGGAUGAUAGUGCUCGCAAGCGCCAAUUUGAGGAAGCGCAGCAUGGAGGUGGCUAGCGUCGAAGCGGCGGAGAGCCAAGCGGGCGUCAGCUCCUCACAGCCACAGCUGAGGCCAUGGUACAGCCUCAGACAUCUUCAGUGCCAACUUCUGGGCGCUGACCUACUGGGGAGACACCGCAUAUUGACAGUCGGUCCUUUAUACGCUCAUCUGCCCUCUUGUCUACUUUGGCUCGCCUUUCUUCCCGCGUGCGUCUCUCUGGCAGGGUCGCUUGUUUGUUGAACCAGCGGACCUCCGCUCUAAUACAACCACCUGCAUUUGACAGCGCUGCCAAUCCUCCACCACACGUUGUACAUGUACCAAAGCAUCCCACUUGCACCUGUGCAUCACUCGGACGUUUUCGGGAGUGUCUGCAUGUGGUAGUGCGCCAUGGACGACUGGACAUCGAAACAGCUCCCUGAGCGCCUCCCCUUCUCCAAGAAGCGACUCCCCAAGAAGGUCAU